AUGGGCUCUGCCGCGAUGCUCGCAGAGGCGGCCGCCUUGCCGGGCACGGCACCCGCCCUGCGCACCCCGCACGAUGCCGAGGCCGACCGGAAAGAGUUUGCUCAGAACAUCGCCAAACAGACCUACAAGGAAUGGCCCAACGAGGCCGGUUUUGACGGCCUCACCGAGGAACGAGGGCCCCUCGAACUGACCGUCCGCGGCCACAUCCCCGACUGGGCGGCCGGCUCGCUGUACCGGACCGGCCCCGGCGCCUGCAAGGUCGAGAACAGCCCCAAAGGCACCCACUACGUCACGCACUGGUUCGACGGCUUCGCGCACACGCACCUCUUCCAGAUCGUCCCCGCAGACGAAGCCGCCGGCACGCCCCUGCGCGUCGUCUACUCGUCGAGGCGCCAGGCGAGACGCUCGUCAGCGAGAUCAGGGCUCAGGGCAUGCGCAACGCCUACUCGUUCGGUCAGCGCCGGGACCCCUGCAUUGGUCUGUUCGGAAAGGUCAUGA